AUGUUGCAACAAAGAAAAUAUAUAUCAAAUCCUAUAGUACCUCAAGAAAACGUAGAAGCUAGAUUUGGGAAAAAAAUUGUAAUGCAAAAUUGCGGUACAUAUAUAGAUGAAAAUAAAAAUGCUGGUGUUGUUUGUAAUAGAAUUACAGAGCUAAAUAUAAAUUCUAGAAAAAAAAUAUCAAAUGUAAAUAGUGAUAGUUCACAAAUGAAAGAUGCUUUAAAUCAUGCAGAUCAUAAACCAGUGGAAGUUUUUCCAGCCAAAAGACCAUUGAUCUCGUAUUCCACCUAUGACAAUCAACAACAAUUUUUUGAAACUAAGCUAGUUCCUGACACGCAAGGUAAAAUGAGCAUAUGUGUAGGUAGAAAAAGUGGAAGUGCAACUGUAAAUAUAAAUAUUGAUGAAUAUGAUUUAGAAAAAACUUAUCAUACAUGGAAAAGAAUUAUGGGAAAAUCUGCUCCACACAAUAAGUCAAAUUUAGAAAAUGAUAGAUUUUUAACAGUUUCUGAAGACGCAAAAAGAAGUGACAAGUUACCAAUAAUAAAAAAUAGGAACCCUCCUUAUGCAAAUCCUGAUGGCCCUUUUGAAAGAGAAAGAUUAAAUCUCCCUAAACAAGCUAGAGAUAACUUAGACAGAACUUUAACACCAAGAUCUAUCUGUGAAAAAACAUGUCUUUUAAAAAAAAAUAAUGAAGUUCAUAAAGAUUCAUUUUUUUUAUCAAGUCCUCAAGGGGAAACAACGCCUAAUGAAAUUAAAGGAGUAAGAAGAACUAACUUUCCAUGGAUAAAUUCUAAUAGAAUAAAAAAAAUAUUGGCUCACCACUAUGAAAAUGGAAUAGAAGAUGAGUACAUAAUGAACAAUAAUAAGGAAAAAUGCGAAAAUAAUCAUAAUAAUAAUUGUAAUUUUCAAAAUAACUAUAUAAAUGAAGAAAAUGCAGUUGAUUAUCAGAGAGAAGUUAAUUACAAUGUUUCAAAUGAUAGCCAAUAUGGAAAAAACAACUAUAAUAGUAUUUCUAACAUUCACUACAUUAAUGAGCCAAGUUAUAAUAAUAUGGAAUAUAAUGAAGAGAAAUAUAAUAGUAAUCUUCAUAAUUAUAAAAAUGAACAAAAUUACCAUUAUCAAUAUAAAGAUGAUAACCAAAAGAACUAUGAAGAUCAACAAUAUUAUAAUAAUCAGCAAUAUCAAAACAAUGAAGCAAACUGUGAAUAUCAAAAUUUUAAUAAUCAUUCAAAUUAUGAAAAUCAACAAAAUUGUAAUAGUAAUCAAAUCUUCAAUUUUCAAUAUAAUAAUGAAAAUAAUUCUCAUUUUGGAAAUUAUGAUAAAAAUUUAGAUAACAUAAAAUAUAAUUAUCCUAAUAAUGAACCUUAUUGUUGCAAUAAAGGAGAUGAUUGCUGUAAUAAUUGUUAUGAAUAUAUAAAUAAUACUCUACCCAACAAAGAUGAAGAUUUAAAUAAUCAAAAAAUUUUGUAUAGAGCACCAUCCUUGACAGAAAUUUCUUAA